AUGUCCGAGAACGCACUGCUAAUUGACCUAAUGGAGGCACGAGCUAGUCAUCAGGAAGCGCAUUCGGCCCGAAAAUUUCACCAGAAGCUGCUAGAGCUGCCUGACUUGCCUUCUAAUGGCUGCCGGGCCAAUUGCUCGCACGUCGUGGACUGGAUCGACGCGCAACUGCGCAGUCUGGACCGUGUUGAAGCCUACAGUCAAGUUUUCCAGACGGAUGAGGCGUCAUCGCCCCGUACGAACGUCUACGGCAUCCUCAGGGCCUCUCCGCUGGCUGAUGGCAAGGUAUGCUGCUCUGAAGCAAUUGUGCUUGUCACACACUACCGAAACGUGGGUGCAGACAGCGGCGAGAACACGGGGCUCUCACUGGGCUUAGCUCUACUCAAGUACCUUUCGAGGGCGAAAUGGCUGGCUAAAGAUGUGAUUCUCCUCGCUGCAGACGAUGGCAAGCUGGAUGGAAGCGAUGGGUACGCUCCUGGCACUGAAGCCUGGGUACAAGCGUACCAUCUGGACCCUAUAGACAGCGGUCUGCAGGGUGUUCUACCAAUGAGAGCUGGCGUCAUUCGGGCUGCCGUCAACCUGGAGACUUUGUACGACUCACGUCAAGUGGAUUCCGUCGGGAUUUACACGGCUGGGAUGAACGGCCAGCUGCCCAACUUGGACCUCGUCAACACCGCUGUACGCGCACUCCGUCAGCACCAAAUUCCUACGAUUUUGGACCGAUCUGACGUCCAGCAUGACGGUGCACACAAGAGCGUUGUGGCAAGUGCGCUAGGGUUCGUCUCGAGUUUGAACGACAAGUUUUCCCCACCGGAAUACAAGGAAAAGACUCGAAGCUACCUGACGAACCUCAAGGGAAUGCUGCACUUCAUGACGACGCUGGCGACGGGGCCCUCGGGUCCUCACGCCAACUUCAUCAGCUACAAUAUCGACAGUAUCACGCUGUCCUUGACACAGAGUCAGGCCUCAACAAAACGUCCACUUGUCUCCCGGGACAUUCUGCGCUCGAUGGAGAUGGUGAUUCGAGCUCUGAGCAAUGUGGAAGAGAAGCUGCACCAGUCGUUCUUCCUCUACGUCCUGCCCAGCACGUCGACUUUUGUAUCGGUGGGCGAGUACAUCUACGCUGUGCUUCUGGUGAUCUCGCCGGCGAUCGCGCACUUGCUGUACUUGGCGAAUCAGACGACUGGGAUGCGAGUUGCGCUGGCACUGACGGUAUUCCUGGCGGUCGAAGCCCUUUGUGUGCUUGGUCUCAUUGCGAUCUGCAAGUAUUUCGCCACUUCUACUGCGCUGCUGCAGACAUUUAACUCCAGUGACACGUCCGCUACGAGGUGGUUUAUGCUGGCGAUGGGGAUAUCUGCGACUCAGGCUUUGAUUGUACUGGUGGCCAUGCCGGCGCUGCGUUCUGUGUCGGGCUUUUCGGGCUGUGUGGAGAUAUUCGACUGGAGGAAGAGGGUUACGACGUAUGAAGCGAAAGAGCAGAGGAAGGUUUCACCAGACAAGGAAAUGGAGAAGACGGUCGAGGAUACGGACGUCCCAGCGCUGGAUUCAGGCUGGCGUGCGAUCAAAUUCGUUACUAUGGCGGUGAUUGUAUACGCACACUGCAUUCUGGGCAUCUUAAAUUAUCCGAUGGCUCUCUUCUGCGCCAUCCCGAUGGCCCAUUUCGCCCGCGUGGUCCCUUUUGGCACUGCGACGUUGCCCAGGAAUGUUGGGAAUGGCUUGUGGCUCUUUUUGUCGUCCCCACUGACUCUCUUUGUGUUGCUGAACUGGAGUGGUCUAGGUACGAUUCGUAUUUCUAAUGUCUUUCGAUUUUUCGGACUAAAGCUGUGUGUAUUUUGUGUGUCUACAGAUGUGGUCGCUGGUUUGUCAUAUACCGUCGACAGCUUCGCUCAGCGGAUCAACCUGCUGGCUUUAGCGUAUUUCUGCUGCAUCUACGUCUCCGUCCACACUUUGUCCUUAGUGGUUUGGACAUAUCUGAGCAUCGAUAAAAAACAAAAGCUGGAAUGA